UAUAACAUGUGAGCAAGGAAAUUCACAUGAACUUUGACCUCAUUUGACGGCAUUCUUAUGUUAUCAGAGCCAGAGCUCAUGCUGGAUUACCGCUCUGUCUGCCCAGACCGAGACGAGAGGACAAGAAAGCAGAGAUUUGGAAAGCAGACUGUGUUGUUGCAACGUUUAAGUAGUUGUUCCAAUGGCAGACACGAAGAGAGCACUGUGCUAUCUGUUUACUAUCUAUGCUUCACUUCCUGUCAUUCUGUACUUGUUCCCUUGGAUACUUGGCCACGUCAUAUUUGCUCACUUGUUGAGGGUUCCAUACUUUGUGGAUCUUGGCAGACCUCAAGACGUCCUGAACCACACCUGCAACUUCUACCUCAGCACUGAGGAUGGUGUGUCAGUAGGAGUGUGGCACACACUCCCCUCCAGCCAAUGGGAGGCGUCCGCUGGGAAAAGCUCUGAGUGGUACCAUGAGACUCUGGGAGAUGGCAGUCCUGUUAUUAUCUAUCUCCACGGCAACGUAGGGACCAGAGCCACAAAUCACAGAGUAGAACUGGUGAAGAUCUUGAGUGCCGCGGGGAAUCAUGUCUUAUCUUUAGACUACAGAGGUUUUGGAGAUUCCACUGGGGAGCCCAGUGAGGCCGGAUUGACCAAUGACGCCCUCUACCUGUACCAUUGGGUAAAGAAACGAAACAGAGGACUUGUCUGUCUGUGGGGACAUUCGCUGGGCUCUGGGGUGGCAACUAACACUGCAGUGAAAAUACAAGAACAAGGUUCUACUGUUGAUGCUUUAAUCCUUGAAGCUCCAUUCACAAGUAUUGGAGAGGUUGUUGUCAACCACCCACUCACAAAGAUGUACAUAUUUCUUCCAGGAUUUGAGAGCUUGCUUUGGAAUCUCCUGGAAAGGAAUAACAUUGUAUUUACUUCCAAUAAAAAUUUAGAGAAACUGACCGGCCCGCUUCUUAUUCUACAUUCAGAGGAUGACAAUAUUGUUCCUCAUCACAUGGGACGCGAGCUGUACCAGACAUCCCUUCUAGCUCAGGGAAAAUUCAACACAGAUGCGCGGGUUGAAAUGAUCUCCUACAGUGCAAAUCUUGGCUUCUCCCACAACCACAUCUACUUGGAUCCUAAUUUGUCAGAUGCAAUUAGAAUAUUUCUGGAAAAACUAAGACAUUGGAGUCCACUAAUGAGCAGAAAGUGAAUGCCUCUUUUUAAAUACUGAAAUAAAGCCAC